CGCCCAGUCUCGACAAAGAAUUCACGGCGGACAGCCGCUCCGCGCUUGUUGGUUUGGAUGUAGCGGCCGCCCGUCCGCAUUUUCAGCUUCCCCGACGUCAAAUCAUUGGCCAAUUAUCAUGAUGCAUUACGAAAGGAGCAAGAGUCAAGUGUUCCAAGUGCCGAGUGCGCUAGCGGUCGCCAAUACUGCACCCGAUGCUAAUCGUUUCGGAGAAUGCAUUUGCAUUCUCAUGCGGUGGAAGGGAAGCAUUUACAAACUGGUAUGGCGCAAUUUGUUGGUGUACUACACUCUUUACUACAUGCUCACCAUUUUACACAAAUUCAUACUCGACGAAGACGGACAAAAAACUUUUACAGCGUUGGCGAAAUAUUGCUCCCGCAAUGAGAACUCGUUUAAUUUUAUGAUUAUGCUAGGCUUCUUCACUUCAACGGCUAUGCAGCGACUCUUCGCCAUGCAAACAAUGAUGCCUGGCACGGCUAAAGUCAUCGGUUGUUUUACCUUAGCAAUCAAACCAAAUAUGCCAGAAGGACCAUUUAUAGUUGAACAAUUUGCUCGCUGGACGGUCAUUUCUUGGAUCCUCACUUUCAGACUUGUUAGUAAACCACUCCGAGACAUAUAUCCAGACAUGUUUUCACUCCAGACGGCAGGAAUUCUCCGGGACAAGGAACGAUUAAUUUUGGAGAGAGCUGACGCCGAUGACAGUAAUUCGACACCACGUCCUUUAGUGGCCAUCGAUUGGAUGUUGCUUUUACUCAAGGAAACGUCGAAUCAGAAUCGUUUCGUCGAAAAAUCCAGCCAUCUCAAACUCGUUGAAGCUGUUUUGGCUUUCAAGAAAAGUUGCGGAAACACCAUCAAAUUUGGAACGCAAAAUAUUCCGCACGCUCUCAUUCAGGCAGCCAUAAUAAUCGUCUACGCUUUUGGACUGCUUACGCUCAUGGCCCGUAAUCUGGACGAGGACAACGAAGAAGAGAAUAAACUAGCAAAUAACAUUGUUUCAUAUUUCCCUAUAUUGCCCAGCAUGCAGUUUUUCAUUUUCCUGGCCUGGCUAAAAUUUGGACGAGCUGCCGUGAAUCCAUUCGGAACUGACGAGACUGACAUCGAUAUCAAACAUCUGCUCAAGACACACAUUCAGGAUUCGCUUCGGUUGACGAAACUCUACACUCAAAAUUUGGAAGACUUUUUCGGCAUGAUGCCGCAACAGCAAUAUAACGAGUCAGUAACCAUCCACAGCAAUGUUGUUCAUGUUUGAGACCUACAAAAGAAACAUAUGUGUACAUGGUGUGCUGUAGAGCUUUGGGCGGCUUAUACAAAUAUGUUGUAGCCACCCGUCUUCGCCCUGUAUAAAUGCCUGUUAUAGAAUGAAGGAAU